GGAUUCAGCGGCGCGAUGCUGGAUCAGACAAAGAAGCCAAGUUAACCACAUGCGUCGACGUGACGAGCUCCGACGGUGCUGCAGUGAUGAAAGCGAUGCCGCCCUAAUUAUGAGCAGGUGCUGCCCCCGCGCCGCGAGUUCCGCUUUUUUGGAUCUGAUCCACCCAUGCACGCAUCGCUCGGCCUGCCUGUGGCUCCCCAGUUAGCGCCAUGCAGCAGCCACGGAACCUCACGAGCCUGCAGCAGCUCGCCCUGCAGCAGGCCGACGGCUCGCUGCUCGACGCGCAGCCGCUGCCGGUCGACCCGCACGACCUGCACGCGCUCGAGCUGUUCCACGCCCAGCGCGCGCCACAGUUUGCGCGGACGCCCGCCCCACUUGACCUGCUGCACGCGCCGCACGUCUACGAUCCGCUGUUCUACGGGGUGCAGCAGCAGCAGCAGCAGCAGGUACCGCACCAGCAGCAACAACAUCCUCAGCAGCAACACCCUCAGCAGCAGCAGCAUCCGCAGCACAUCCAGCCCCAGCCGCACCCUCACCACCCCCACCACCCCCACCAUGGCAGCUCGCCGUUCGGCCUCGCGCCCGCCCUCACGCCCGCCCUCGCCGCCCUGCCCGCCCACACCCCGCUGCACACCCCGCGCAUCGCCCAGCGCGCGCUCGACCCGCCCUUCGACGCCCGCUCGCUCCCGCGCCAGUCGCCGCAGCAGUACAGCUCGCCGCUCGGCAGCGCGCCCGACGAUGCCACGCUCUCGCACGGCCAGUUCCAGGGCCUCAAGCUCAUCGCGCACCCGCCCGACCUGCAGCGCUGGCGCCAGCGCCUGUUCGACGUCGACGACACCAUCACCCUGACCGAGGACCAGUUCCAGACCUACUUCCCGCACAUCGACAACGUCUACUCGCACCGCUCCACCCAGCGCCACAAGCGCAAGAGCUUCGUCUCGCACUACUGGGACUGCCGCCUCAAGGGCCGUCCGCCGGGCACCAAAAAGUCGACCGACCCCGACAAGAAGAAGCGCAAGCGCGUCGCCCGCGAGCGCGACCUGUGCGACGUCAAGAUCAAGAUCACCGAGUUCCCCGACGCCCACGAGUACGAGGACCAGAUGGGGCACCCGCCGGUGGUGGAAGACGGCCCGCGCACCGCACCCGCGCCCGACCCGGCCCUGUUCUUCGGCCAGCCGCUGCCGCACACCGUCACCCCGUGGGGCAUGCAGCCGCACCUGCUGCAGCCGGGCAUGAGCAUGUUCGCGCCGCCGCCGCCGCCGCUGCCCGGGCCCCCGCGCAAGUUCUACACCUUCCAGCGCGUCAACGGGAACGGCGGGAACGGGAAAGGCGACGGCGUGGCUGGGCCGCACAAGCACUCGCUGGAGGAGAGCGACCGCGUGAAGAAGAACAUUGUUAUUCGGACCCUGGCCAAGGGCGAGAAAGACGGCAGGAAAGUGCAGGCCGAAUCCUCCAAGAAGCCCCAGCUCGAGCGCGCCACCGGCAGCGCCCUCGCACCCCCCCAAGCCCACCCCAAAGACGAAGACCUCAAGCUCCACGGCAGCAGCACCUGCCCCUUCACCCAACGCGUCCGCAUCGCCCUCGCCCUCAAAUCCCUCCCCUACCAAUUCCUCCCCGCCCCGCCCUCGCCCACCCCCUCGCUCGCCCCCGCCCAGCCCCCCACCCUCCGCCACGGCCCCUGGUCCACCCCCGACUCCACCGUCAUCCUCGAGUACCUCGACGACCUGCCCCUCCCGCAGGCCCCGCGCCUCCUCCCCUCCGCCCCGCAAAGCCGCGCCACAUCGCGUCUGUGGACACUGCACAUCAAUACCCGCCUCGUCCCCGCGUUCGACGCGCUGCAGCAGUGUCCGCCGUCCGACCGCGCGGCACGCGAGCAGGAGCUGCAACGCUGUGUUAAGACGCUGGUGGCUGCGGCGCACCCGCAAGGGCCUUUUUUCGGCGGUGAGGGGAUAGGGUUCGUGGAUGUUGUUGUUGCGCCGUGGGCGGUGAGGUUGGGGCGGGGGGUUGGGGGAGAGAGGUGGGGGAGGUGGGUCGGGGCGUUGGAGGGGGCGGGGUGUGUUAGGGCGGUGUUGGGGGAGGGGGUCGGUGGGGGCGAGGGGUGA